AUGUUCGCGCGCGUCCGCCAGUGCCGCCCGUUCCCCACGCGCUUCGGACGCGCCGCCGCCGCUGCUGCUGCUCCCGCCUCGACCCACUCCGUCCCCACUGCGCGCCUCGACUACAAAGCGCUCGCCGCCAACGUCGACGCCGCCGUGCGCAACGCCCGCCGCCGCGCGAGCGCCAGCGACCCCGCGCUCGUCGUCGCGCUCUACACGCGCGAGACGGCGCUCCGCCAGACCGUAAACCGCCUGCGCGCCCAGCGCAACGCGCACGCAAAAGCGCUCGGCCGGCACAAGACGCGACAGCCACUGGACGAGCACAUGACGCAGCAGCGGCUCGCGGGCCACGCGCUGAAGCGCGAGAUCGCCGCCGCGGAGCAGGAGCUCGUGCGCGUGGCGCAGGCGCUGGCGCUCGAGGCGCUCCGGCUGCCGAACGACACGCACCCCGACGUGCCCGUGGGCGCCGACGACCAGGCGCGCGUCGUCGCGUCGCACGGCCGCAUGCCCACGUUCGCGUUCGUGCCCAAAGACCACUACGACUUGGCCGUGCCGCUGGCGCUGCUGGACACGGAGACAGCGGCGCGCGUGGCCGGGUCCAAGUUCACGUACCUGUGCAACGAGGGCGCGAUGAUGGAGCUCGCGCUCGUGCACUGGACGCUGAGCAAGCUGCGUGCACGGGGCUUCACGGUCACGCUGCCGCCCGACGUGGCGCGCGCUCAGCUGAUCGAAGGCUGCGGCUACCAGCCGCGCGGCGACGCGACGCAGAUGUACGCGCUCGCCGACUCGGACUUGUGCCUCACGGCCACGUCGGAGAUCACACUGGCUGCGGCCAAGAGCAACGAGGUGCUCGACACGCAGACGCUGCCGCUCAAGUACGCGGGCUUCAGCCACUGCUUCCGGACCGAGAUCGGCCACGGCGGGCGCCACACGCGCGGCAUCUACCGCAUCCACCAGUUCAGCAAAGUCGAGAUGUUUGGCUUCUGCGCCGACGAGGCGCAAGCGCAAGCGUUCUUUGACGAGAUGGUCGACAUCCAGGUGGGCAUGUACACCGAGCUCGGGCUCCACUUUGAGCUCCGGGACAUGGCCACGGAAGACUUGGGGGCGCCUGCGUACCGCAAGUUCGACGUGCUCGCGUGGAUGCCCGGUCGGCAGGAGUACGGCGAGGUCUCGAGCUUGUCCAUGUGCACCGACUUCCAGGCCCGUCGUCUGAACAUCCGCCACAAAGACCUGCACGACAAGAGAGCGAAAGCAGCGUUUGUCCACACGCUGAACGGCACUGCCUGCGCCGUCCCGCGGCUGCUCAUUAGUCUGUGGGAGACGUACCAGCAGGUAGAUGGCUCGAUCGUCAUUCCAGAUGUGCUCAGGCCGUACAUGGGUGGCCAGGAGAUCAUUCGCUCGCCUGCGUAA